CACACACACCUGCAAGCUCCGAGCGCAACGGCGUCGCAUAAGCUAUUUCCCGCUCACCUAUAUACACAGUCGCACCUCUGCUGCCGUGGCCCCCAUGUGGCCCCUCCCUUACCGGACUGGACCGAUAAAUGGGUUAACUCUAUGCACCGGGAGCGUCGGGAGAUCCCUUCCCAUCCCUCCGCUGUUUGACCGAUCUGCGCUCAAAGGCAUCACCCUCUCCUCUCCGCCGUGUUGAUACGACAGAGUAGAUUGAUUUUAAAAUCGUGAUUUAUCAUUUUGUAAGAGGCGACCGACAACAGCAGCAGCAGCAGCAGCAACAACAACACCAGCACCGGUGCUUAGACCCAGACCCGUGGGCGGCUGGGUGGCGUCCGUCUGGGCGAGCUGAUAGGACGAAGAUUUGGCACUCUCCCUACCAACUGCUUCAUCCCAAAUUUUGAAGAUAUGGCAAUGAAAAGUGAGAUGUAGAAAACGCAUGGAGGGCCAUUCAUGUGGGUCUGGGCUUCAACUAAAAAGGACAAAAUCUCCCACCGCCACCGCCACCAACCUCCUCCUCCGCCUCCUCCUGACCUAACCAGUUGAUAAUUUUAAAUAACUAUCUAAAAAGUGCGGCGCACUUGACACACUGGUGAAUCCCCGAGGCAGGUCCCACACACAGACUGAAUGAGUCCAUCUUUGGCUGUCGGACGGACUCCUCAACAGCACAGGACGGAUGCAAACAGACUAAACACAUCUUGGCAAUUCAAAACACCGUCAGCAUCUCUGCCAACGGUGUUCUAACCGAGCGGGGUGAAUCUCACACCGGGGGACCAGUCGUUUCAUAGGCAGGGAGAAGAUGCCAUUCCACCAUGUGCGGGCGGGCCUGCUCUAUCCAGACAACUACCUGAGCAGCUCCCUGACGGAGGGCAGUGAAGCCUUCCAGUUAACCAGCAUCUCAACAGAGGAGCUGGGAGAGAUCCGUGAGGCAUUUCGUGUUUUGGAUCGUGAUGGGAAUGGUUUCAUCUCCAAACAGGAGCUGGGCAUGGCCAUGCGCUCCCUGGGUUACAUGCCCAGCGAAGUGGAGCUGGCCAUCAUCAUGCAGAGACUGGACAUGGAUGGGGAUGGCCAGGUGGACUUUGAGGAGUUCAUGACGAUACUGGGGCCCAAACUUCUGUCGUCUGACAACAGAGAAGGAUUCCUGGGCAACACCAUUGACAACAUCUUCUGGCAGUUUGACAUGCAGCAGCUGUCACUGGAUGAGCUGAAGCAGGUGCUGUUCCACGCCUUCCGGGACCACCUGACAAUGAAGGACAUAGAGAACAUCAUCAUCACUGAGGAGGAGAGCCUCAAUGAAACCUCAGGGAACUGCCCUGAGUAUGAGGGAGUCCAUCCUAAGAAGAAGAAUCGGCAGACGUGUGUCAGGAAAAGCCUGAUCUGCGCCUUCGCUAUGGCUUUCAUCAUCAGUGUCAUGCUUAUUGCAGCCAAUCAGAUGCUGCGGAACGGCAUGGAGUAACCAAUUGCACUGUGAGCAUGGGGAGUGGACAGAACAGCCAUGACCUCACAUCUUCUUGUCUUUGCAGCCAAAGCUGGACCAGCCACAACCCAAGCACUUCUCUAAACAAUCAGUUGAGUUAUUAUUUAUUUAUUUUUUUCAAGUUUAAUUUGAACUUACCUUGUAGGAGCAGACAACGUGAGUGAGAUGAAGAGCGAUGUAUUUGUUUUGCAUUGAAGAUGUCGCCAUGUAGAGUCACUGGACAUAUAAGCAACUGGAAAAGAAUUAUGUUUUUAUAUAAAACAUGAGAAUAAACAGUGAGUUUUCUUUUGCUGUUUUCAAGACAGAGACCGCCCUUUAAACUUGAUUUUCUAAUUACGGAAAAUGUUUCGCAGGUGCUUUGAGCCAUUCCUGAUUUCAAGAAAACAAACAACAGUUAUUAUGGACAACUGCAUAUUUACCCUAGAGAAAUGGCACCGAAUGUGAACUGAGUGAAUGUGGGCACAGAAUUUAAAUGCAUCCUAAGCCCCUCAUGUCUCAUACAGUCAUGUAUAAACAUCACACUUUUUGUGACAUCCUGAGCUCAGUCCAUUAAUACUGGGGCACAUGAAGUUUUUAUGUGCAUCUAUGAGGAGCACAAGUCAAAAUCUGUGAGGGACCAUUUAAGAGCCAUCGGUGUCGCAGCUCUUUGGUCCUCAUGCUGAUUGGUUGAUUCGUUGACUGACUGAUGUGUGAGUGCGUAAAAGCCAGUGCUGUCUGCAAGGUCAGGCGGUCUGACCGGUGUAUAAUGUAUGAAGGUUAAAAAAACAUGAAAUUAAAUGACAGUGUGGCUAUGGUCUUGGUUGACAACAGGACGGGGCUCAGUUAUAGUUAUCCACUUGUGAUGUUGCCCAUCUGUGGCAAAUAUAAACAGUAUAGAGUACACACUGCCAUACCAAAUGUUACUCCAGUCAACUCUGAUUCCCCAUGGAUUUCACUGUAUAUAUAGUACUACUUAGCUCGUGUAAUGUAUUAUUCUUCUCAACAGCAGAAUGUAUGAAGAGUAGAAACUAGUGAGAUAAAUCAGGGAUAUACAGUAGAGCUGUGAUAUUCUGUUGCUGCAGUUGGUUACGUGGAUAAGGUUGCAUUCUAGUGGUUAAACUUGGAACUGCAGCUAAAAACUCAAACAGCCAUGUUUAAAAGGUGUUCAGAAGUGAAGAACGACACAGCUGAAUUUGAGCUUUGAUGUGUCAGUGUCACAAGGGCAGUUUGGUCUGUAUUGGGGUUUGUUUUUCAUACAACCCAAACUGUGUUGUCGCACCAGUGUACAUCUCAGGAUUGGACAAGAGGCUGAAGGUGAAUGCUGUUGUAUCUGAGGUAGUUUCUGGGGUCAUAGCUGUGUUUUAUGGUUCAGAUCUGACAGCACUACAGUUUUAUAAAGCUAGCCGGGCUGAAGAAGUUCGAAAAGGACCUUGUAGGAGUUUACAAUCAUGCUCCUCUUCUUUUAUAAUGGAGCCACCCGAGGUUGAACAUCCCAACGACACCACAGAUUAAACUCGAGGGUUUUUUUAUGUGGGUGUAGGGCUGGACGAUAAAGAGAAGUCAUUGUUUAUCUGCUGUUGUGGGACGGUAUAGUAAUUACAUAUUCAUAUUCUUUUACUGUUUUCCAAAAUUCUGUUGUCUAAACUGAGGAUUCCAAACAAAACAUCAGUCAAAACUAAAAUUAUCUAAGAUUCAUUACCUUAGACACAUUUUGAGUCUAUCAAACACAGUUCAUUAGAGAGAACACAAAUUCAAAUUGUAUUGUUUUAUAUGUGAUUAUUUUGUGAUGUUAAAAAAUGUAGUAAAAACUACCUGCAUUAAUAUGGAGGCCAUUAAUUUAACCAAUUCGCCCAGCUUUAUAACGGCAACAUGCUAUAUGUGGAUUCCUAAAUUGCACGGUGCUCCCCUUGGACAUUACUGACUUGGAGGCUGGCUCGUUCCCAUUAAUACCUUGGGAGCGAAUGUUUUUUGUCUUUGCUGGAGUAGAUGAAAACGAAACUAGACAUUUAAAUCAAACCAAUGUGCAACCAUGUGAGUUUAUAUGAGUUGGACAAAUAUAAAGAGGAGAGGGCUUUCUUUUAAAAUGAAAAAAAUAGCUUUGUAAGAUCAAGUAUCACAGCAAAAAUGUAUUAUACUGUAAAUCAGUAUGCAUGUCGUUGUUUAGAUUUUCAUGUCUUUAAAAGACAGGGAAAUCCAUUUAAUCUUUUUUUGUCGUGGCACAGCCUUGGUUUAAAUGUAGGUAUGUAUGUAUUACUGUCACAUAUUUGACUUUCCAGUUUCUACUGUAAUAGCCAUUUUUCUAGUUUCUACCAGCUAUUAAUCAAAUCAGAGUGCAGGAGAGGGCAUUUUCAUAAAUAUGCAAAUACAAGGUCACACCACCACCAUCAUCAUCAUCAUCUCUGUUUCUCAUUAUCUUGGGUAGAGUGUAGGCCUCACUGUGGAAGGUUAAAAUUAACAGAGAAUACAGUAUAUUGUGUGUUUUAGUCACUCACUGCCUCAUCGUCCUGUAAUAACUGCUGUAUAAUGUAUGCUACACUUAUCCUUGUAAGUGACUUCUAUGUCUUCGAUAUUCUCAGCACACUGACAUCUGACCAGUGGACCAUGUUUUCACCUUUGUCGAUCAGCGUCAUGGUCCUUUUGAAACCAGCAUAGACCACUUUAUCUUAACAGUUCACUGAUAAAUGUGCCAUUCAGACAUCCUUGCAUGGCUAUGUGAGGGAAACUCAUUUUAAAGACCUUUUAUCAACACUUUUGAAGUUUACAUUACUAUACUGUACAUCUGUAACUAGAUGGAGUCGGUUCAUGAUUUUCAUGUUUUUGAAAGUUGCUUUUGAGAUUUGUUUUUACCAAAACAUGUUUUUACCUUGUAGAUUGUAUAGAGAUAAAAAAAACAAACAAACAAAAAAACUAAAUACAGAUAUGUAAUACAAACCUUGGCAUGCUGCUUAGAAAAGGAGAAAGAAAACAGCAAUAG